GCUCAAUUCCUAAAUUUCCCACAACAAUCUCUCUAGUCUCUAAUCACAAAGCAUAGUAAGCACUUAAGAAAAUAUACUAGAGUAUUUCUUUUGUUUAUCAGAUCAUUGUAAGAUGGCAUCAAGAGCUUUGUCAUCAAUUGCUAUCUUCCUAUGCCUCAACAUAGUGUUUUUCACUAUGGUGAGUUCCCAUUCUGUCCCAUGUCCACCACCACCAUCAUGUAAUAGAUGUACUCCACAACCGCCUAGCCACGGUGGACAAGGAGGGAACCCACCAAUGUCUCCAACACCAGUUACCCCACCUAGCCACGGUGGACAAGGAGGGAACCCACCAAUGUCCCCAACACCACCAUCAAAAGGAAACUGUCCUAUUGAUAUUCUAAAGUUAGGAGUAUGUGCCAAUGUGUUAGGUGGCUUGCUCGGAGCUGUUAUUGGAAACCCACCAAGGAGUCAAUGUUGCACUCUUCUUCAAGGGUUGGCUGAUCUUGAUGCAGCAGUAUGUCUUUGCACCGCUAUUAAAGCUAAUAUCUUAGGGAUUAAUAUCAAUGUCCCUAUCUCUUUGAGUUUGUUGCUCAAUCAGUGUGGCAAAACGAAUACCUCCGGCUUCAAAUGCAUUUAAAUAUGGAUAUGGACAUCGAUAUUUAAGCUACCCAUCAAGUAAUAUAUAAUUACGUUACUAUACUGUUUUAUUCAAAUUUGUAUACGUUUGAUAUUUCUUUGGUACGUACUUGUAUAACUUAGUUUUGUUGAUGAUUAAGCUAGCUAGCUAUAAGUUAGAUAAGCCCUCCAUCACCUUCACGCCUAAGAUUAUUGUUGUAACUUCUUCAUUCAAGUAACUAAAUAUACUUUUAUAAAUAUA